UCGCCACGCGCGAAGCAACAGUUGGAUGAAAUCAACAGGCAAGAGCGCGCGGCACGACUCCUUUCGCCCGCGAAAAUCAAACUAUUCUCUUUAUUUUUCAUUUUUUUUUAAUUCAAGUGCGCUAUGAACUAUCAAAGUAAAGCCAAUAAAUAUGUGUGCCCUAACGAUCGUCAACUUUCUUUACGAGCAAAGCUCCGUACGGGAUGGAGCGCUGCCCGGAGCGAGCCCCCGCUGUCGAAAAGCGAACGAGAGGCAAUAGCAGCUGUUGUCAAGCGAGCUGAAAAAGUGGAUGAAGUGGAAGCUCGACGCGUCGGCCGACUUGUUGCUAGACUUGAAGGCAUGCGUCGUUCGGCACAAGGUCCAGCGCCUCGAACUUGUCUUCUAUGUGGCGAGACGUCACGAUUACUUGCUCCAUUACGCACGUGCGCUAUAUGCAGAAAUUCAGCUUGCCCUAAAUGUGUCAUUGACACGCCUCCACAUAGAUCGUCUAUAUAUUCAAGAGAACAAUACACGUGCAUCCUAUGCGCUGAAACACGUGAAAUGUGGAAGAAAUCCGGCGCUUGGUUCUUUAAAUCGCUGCCCAAGUACAUAAUGCCUGAUAAGAAAAUAACAGGACGAUACAAUGAUACCGAACUGGCGAAAACAUUGCAGGAAGCGGGACCUAGCAGCAACGAAGGAAAAACUGACUCUGAACCCGGUUCACCUCUAAGCAUUCAUCCUCCAAGUUUUUCAAGACAGCCCAGCAAAACGGACAGCAGAAAAUCUGUUUGUCUAUCUCAGGAUCACGAAUGGAACGAAACGGACAUUCUAUCGCACGGCGUCAGCGGGUUAAGUCUUCACAGAACCGACAGUCUUACCCAAAGACCUUUAGGACUAAAACGAACAAGCAGUAAAGGCAGCGCGUAUAGCAUCCGAAGCAUAAGAAAAGAUAUGCCAAAAACAAUGACGCAGAUAGAAAGACCACCCACGAUUCCUGAUGCAGGAUUUGGCACGCUUGAAAUCAAGUUGGCCUACGAUAAUGGUACAUCGUCAGUGGCAGUAACCAUUUUAAGAGCAAGAGGAUUGAUUGGAAUGGACAUGACUGGACUUUCUGACCCAUUCUGUAGACUCGAAAUUUUGCCACGAGAAGGUUCAUAUUCGAACAGACUGAGGACUAAGACGGUGCAUAAAACCAAGAACCCUGAAUUCAAUGAGACACUACAUUUCUUUGGUAUAACUGAAUCGGAUUUAGACUCCAAAUGCUUAGAAAUAGUUUUAUUUGACGACGAUAGAUAUGGCUGCGACGAAAUGGGUUCAGCCACAGUGUCUCUAAGAGAGUGUCUGAAGUGUCCCUCGCAACUUCGACUAGCGCUAUCCGGUGCUUCAGGCUCUGAGCCUACUGGACCUAGAUUAUUGCUGGCGUUGUGCUACAGUACGAAAAAAAGAGCACUUGUUACUACGGUCUGUAGAGGCGCAGAAUUGCCGCCGCAAGACAGCAACGGAUAUUCAGAUCCUUUUGUUAAAUUACAUCUGGAUCCAGAUCCGUACCACAAAAAACAUAAGACUUCCAUUAAAUGGCGCAACUUGAAUCCGAUUUGGAAUGAAGAAUUCCUUUUUGAGACUCGACCAACCGAGCUUUCCCGCCAAAAUUUAACAUUGACAGUUUGGGAUAAGGACUAUGGAAAGCCAAACGAUUUUCUAGGAAGCUUAGUUCUCGGUGCGAGCAGUAAAGGAAGGCGAUUAAAACAUUGGAUGGACUGCAUAAAAUUUCCUGAUCAUCGACAUGAACAAUGGCACUCGUUAACCGAUACUCAACAUUUGUAAUGCUGUUCUUAAAUGAUUAUAAUUACAUGAAUCGAUACACUUGCAUAAUCGAAAAUAUUGUACUCUGGUUACUCUAUACAUUAGUGCAUUAGUCUGUAGUCUAUAACUUUAUCUUAACAUUAUGUGUCAAUUGAUGUUUUAAAUAUUUUAUUUAAAAAAAAUAACAAA